AUGACGGAUGAAGCAUCACACAAUGGAGUUAAGAGACGAAGAUUAUUCGGACCCGAGGAUGAUAAACAAUUAGAGACUAUUCGUAAAGAACAAACCUUUACAGGGUGGAAAAAUGUAGCAAAGCAGAUGCCAAGUUUUACACCAAAACAACUUCGCGAUAGGUGGCAUAACUACCUAUCCCCACAGAACUCUUUCGGACCUUGGACAUUAGAAGAAGAUAAGAUUAUAGCGCAGAAUGUACAAAAAUACGGAACUAAAUGGUCUCAAAUUAGCUCAUGUCUUAAAGGAAGAUCAGAUAAUAGUGUUAAAAACAGAUGGAAUUCGGUCGUAAAAGAAGAUUAUUUCCAAAAUCCAACGAAAUAUAAUGUAGAAUCGCCUCAUUUAAACUUAGAUGACAAUGAAUUUGAAAAUUCAAAAGCUAUUAGUGCAGAUUCAGAGAAAAUUCCGCUCAAUUCCCCUACUGUACAGAACGUUUUCCUUGAUGAUAGGUUUAUCAAACAUUUUUUCGAACCUAUAAAUGCUGAUGUAGAUAACAAUAGCAAUGCAAAUGGAGAUGAAUUAUUUUUCAAGAUAUAA